ACGAUGGGUGGUGCGUUGGGACCGAUUCUCCACUGGCUCCACGACGUGGCUGCCGUGACUCUCCUGAAGGCCAGGAGAACUUUAUUCCAAGCCGCUGUUCUCUUCUGCGUUCUGGGUCUUCUGCUUUGGGUGUCCAUUUUCUUAUACGGCAGUUUUUAUUACUCCUACAUGCCCACGGUGAGCUUCUCCGCCCCUGUGCAUUACUACUUCAACUCCGAUUGCGACGCAUCGAAGCUUUGCUCCUUCCCAAUGGCCAACAUCUCCCUGUUGAAGAACGACCGAGACCAGGUGAUGGCUUUCGGGCAACCGUACCGAAUAUCUCUGGAGUUGGAGCUUCCGGAAUCGCCCGCGAACGAACAACUAGGCAUGUUCAUGGUGAAGAUGUCCUGCUACUCCAAAGGCGGGAAAACAGUGUCUUCGGUUCGACGUUCCACGAUGCUGCACUACCGAUCGGCUCUUUUGCAGACCCUCAGCACCUUCUUCUUCUCCCCGUUUCUGCUAACCGGAAUGGCCGAACAGAAGCAGCUGAUCGAAGUGGAGCUUUUCCCCGCCUACAAGACCAACAGCUACCAACCCACCGUCGGCGCUGUGAUCGAGAUCCAAUCCAGACGCGUUCAGAUCUACUCGUCCCAGCUCCGGAUCCACGCGUACUUCACCGGCGUCCGUUACGUUUUGUACAACUUCCCGUUGAUGUCGGCCGUGGUGGGCGUUGCCAGCAACUUCGCCUUCAUCGGCGCCGUGGUGCUCUUCAGCUAUCUGCAGUUCGUCUGGGGCGGUCUUUGGCCUCCGGAUCAGGUGCGCGUCAAGGUCAUGAUGGGCGACAGUACCCGGAUGCAACAGAGGAAGGAGGAAGUCAAGAAGCGUAUGGAGAAGGAAAAUUCCUUGAAGGAACUGGAUUCGCCCAAGGCCAUCGGUCCCGUGAACGAGGAGGUCGAUGACACGGCGGCGGAGGCGUCAAAGACUUCCUUUGUGGUGGGAAAUGUCAUCGAUCGCGAUGUUCCCGAUCCGGAGAAAGAUGGGUCAGCUGACUUCGGACCGCCGGAGGAGACCGAGAAGAACGAGACAACGCUCCGACAGAGAGCCGGGACGUCGAAAGAAGCAUCGGAUUAG